AGCCUUCUAUCACCAAAUAAAAGGGCUGUAAUGUCGCUACGACAGCUACUGGGAUGGUCAGAUGGAGAGGUGAUGCGGCCGGAGUCAAAGCCCUGUUCCCGACUGAUGCGCCACACUGCUGGUAUCUUCUCAGUUGGUGGUGGCCUUGCUUUCUGGGUGCUUUGCCGCCUUCACUAUGGUCCAAGGAUAACGGUUCCAAGGAGUCUCAGGUGGGCAUCUUGUGGAGCGAUGGGCACGAGCGCGACAUCAGCCAUGCUUGUGCGGCUCUUCAGCCCGGAGUGUGAACCGCAGAACAUAGCAGCUUUCGACAGACCUGAAUUCAAGCCUGCAUAGUGUCAUGGAAAUCCAGUGCCAGGUCUAGCAAGCCCUAUGCGAGUUCGCUGAUUCGGCCCAUAGUAUCUACCUUGCCUGAUGUUUAUGCAUAAAUGAACCUCCCUGAAAUUGGACACCUCUAUGUUUCGUACAUUGUGGGCGCCGUAAUUUUGUUCAGAAACUAGGAGCUGGUAGUACCUUGAGCAUCAAAUUUGGUAUCCGUUGCUUGCAAACUGAGAUAGUGCUGUAUUACUGGCUACAUUCUGAAUGCCAAGAAGUUGUACAUUCAGUCAACCUGAUGGCUAAUAAGUUAUAUUCAGUUAA